GCUGUUCACUCGCUUGUUGAAGUCUUCGAACAUGGGCAACUGGCUUAUUAACCAUGGGUUCUCGGCUCUCUUUAUUGUAGCCUGGCUUGGAAUCAACAUCUUCUUAUUUGUUUAUUACUACCUGGAGUACGAAUACAGCCCAGAGUAUUACUACACAAGAAAAAUUAUUGGGUCAGCCCUGGCCUGGGCUAGAGCCCCCGCGGCCUGCCUCAACUUCAACUGUAUGUUGAUCCUGCUGCCAGUCUGCCGUAACCUGCUCUCCUUCCUCCGAGGGUCCUGCUCGUGUUGCAGAUGCGGUCUGAGGACACAGCUGGACAAGAACAUUAGCUUCCACAAGUUGGUAGCUUAUAUGAUCGCUCUGCACACAGCAAUUCACAUUGUGGCACAUUUGCUCAACUUCGAAUGGUUUAACGACAGCCAACAGUCAACACAGAAGACCCUGGACGCUGUGCUCUCAGACAUCGGGAGCAACAAUGGCACUUGGCUGAAUCCUAUUCGAUCGGAUGACACGACACCGACCUACGUAGCCUUCACCACGGUAGCGGGGCUGUCUGGUGUUGUAAUCACCCUCGCACUCAUCCUGAUAAUCACCUCCUCCACCGACACAAUCCGUAGGUCCUACUUUGAGGUCUUCUGGUUCACCCACCAUCUUUUCGUCAUAUUCUUUGCCGGACUUGUCAUCCAUGGGAUCGGGCGAAUUGUCAGACACCAGACUGAUGAAAGCAUGGAAAGGCACAAGUACACACACUGUCAGAAUUUAACCGAGGAGUGGGGGGAGAUCAAUGAGUGUCCGAUACCUGUAUUUGAGGGGGGUGACCCAAUGACCUGGAAGUGGGUGCUCGGGCCGAUGAUACUCUAUGUGUUUGAAAGAUCAAUCAGAUUGUACCGUUCCUGCCAGAGGGUUGUCAUCACUAAGGUUGUGGUUCAUCCAUCCAAGGUGCUGGAGCUGCAGCUGCAGAAGAAGGGGUUUACAAUGGAGGUGGGACAGUACAUCUUCAUCAACUGCCCAUCCAUCUCGCGGCUAGAGUGGCACCCCUUUACUCUGACCUCAGCCCCAGAGGAGGACUGCUUCAGUGUGCACAUCCGAUCAGCUGGCGACUGGACAGACGCCCUGUUCGAGGCCUUCGGCGACGGCAAGACUCAGAGAGUUAAACACAAGGAGCCCAAGAUCCUUGUGGACGGUCCCUUUGGUACGGCCAGUGAGGAUGUUUUCCAGUACGAGGUCAGUGUCCUGGUCGGAGCCGGGAUCGGAGUGACUCCCUUCGCAUCCAUCCUCAAAUCCAUCUGGUACAAGUACCAGCAUUCCGACCCUGGGCUGCUCACAAAGAAGAUUUACUUGUAUUGGAUCUGUCGGGAGACGCAGGCAUUUGAGUGGUUUGCUGACCUGCUGAGAUCGCUGGAGAACAACAUGGAGGAACUGGGCAAACAAGACUUUUUGAGUUAUAAGCUGUACCUAACCGGCUGGGACAGUAACCAGGCUGCACAUAUCAAGGUACACUUUGACAAAGAGACAGAUGUAGUGACUGGCCUCAAACAGAAGACCCACUAUGGCAGGCCCAACUGGGACAUCGAGUUUCAGACAAUCGCACAGAACCAUCCCAAGUCGAAAAUUGCAGUCUUCCUGUGUGGGCCAAAACCGCUGGCCAAAGCCUUAGAACAAUGUUCCGGCAAGUACUCCGAGGUCAACCCACUGGGAGUCCACUUCCACUUCCACAAGGAGAACUUCUAGCCGACAAGAUGAAUGUGGAGAAAGCAGGAUACAGCGCAGUGCUGUGCGAAGGAGGAAAACUAGUGAAUCUCAGGAACUUCCCUGCUGGGAUUCAGAUUCUACUCAAUGGCCAAGAUGACUGCCAUAUUUUGCAGGUCAACGUUGGGACAGUCUCAUGCUGAAGCAUGCGCAUUGAAGUUUGACGCACAGCAGAGCCCCUGACCAUUGCGCUCACACUGCACAUAUAUUUUUUCUCUAAGGUUAACUGAAGUUUAUUUUAAAAGUGUUUUUUUUAUUUGUAAUUUAUUUUCUUACCAAAUCUUGCGGGGCGGGGGAGAAGUGUUUGGAUUGUCAUGUUGCUAAUGUUGUUGUCUUGGCCUGGUAGGAGAUGUGAGUCUAGCUCUGUAGGUAGUACCUCUGCCUUCCCUGGUACAGUGUAACCGGCACAAAAAUCCUCCUUGGUGGGGUUUGGUAAGCAGGGAGCUGAACUGA